GUUCGACUCUCGGCUGCAGCUAAUAAACUACCCGUGAAUUGACUGCGACUCACCGGCCUGCUGAUCAUUUGUUUCCAGCCGAGCAAGGGAGCUUACUCCAGCACAGUGCAGCUGACUCUGAAGAAGUUAGGGAGGAUGUCCAAUGACCUCGCUGGCGUGUGGGAGGUGGCACUGAGUGAUGGGGUCCACAGGAUAGAGUUUGAACACGGCACGACAACCGGGAAGAGGGUCAUCUACAUUGAUGGAAAGGAGAUACUGAGACGAGACUGGAUGUUCAAACUUGUGGGGAAGGAGACUUUCACCGUGGGCAAAUCAGACGCCAAAGCGACCAUCAACAUCGAUGCAGUGAGUGGUUUCGCCUACGAGUACACCUUGGAGAUCAACGGGAAGAGCCUGAAAAAGUACAUGGAGAACAGAUCAAAGGUCACUAGCACCUGGGUGCUCAACUUGGAUGGAAUAGACUGCCGGGUGGUCCUCGAGAAAGACACCAUGGAUGUUUGGUGUAAUGGACAAAACAUCGAGACAGCAGGGGAGUUUGUGGAAGACGGCACAGAGACACAUUUCUCUCUCGGUGACCACAACUGCUGCGUGAAGGCUGUGAGCAGCGGGAAGAGACGAGACGGGAUCAUUCACACGCUUCUUGUGGACGGCACAGAGAUAGCUGAAUGCACCGAGUGACUGCGGACGUGUAUGUGAGUGUGUGUGAGUGUUUUUACAUAUGUGUGAAAGCAGAGAUCUGGUUUGUAUGUGUGACGCGAGGUAUCUGUGAAACAGGGGCUGUAGAGUAGCUGGACUCAGACUAAGAUAUGCCCUCUUACAUGUUGACAGCCAUGCUGUGAAGGGUACAUUAGCCAUAUAUUAAAGAGUGUCAUGUGAUUAAUGUAGUAACAGCCGAAGACCGGAUGAGUCUCAGCAGGUUUAGAUGAGAAGGCGCAGCCAUUAUUUCAGUAACAAAAUGGGGUUUAUCAUCUGGAAAUGUAACUCCACACUGAAAAACUUUUUGCAGUGGUAAACUGGAAUUUAUAUAAAUACUAUUAAUUUCAGUAAUAGUAUAAACAUUGGAGGCCAAAUGUGCCAUAUUUGUCCCUCUCAUCCUGGCUCAAGUUGCCCUCCAAUAGCUGCAGCUGUUGUUCACUUAGGGAUGUACGCUACUUGUUGUCAUUUUACAGAAAACCACAAUCUAAUAACCAGUUACCAGUAACCUGACAAUCUCCUUGCUAACUUUCUUGUAUUUUCCAAUAUUGAGCAGCUGGAGGAGUCAAUACCAGGGUACAACUCUAAGACUAUCCCUUGAAUGUAUCAUCAUUCCAGUCAGUGCACUGCUCAGGAGUGAUCUUUGUUUAGUUCUAAGUUUACAUGUUAAAUAGUCUUAGUUUGAUUGGUUCAGCCAGCUGAUGUUACAAUAAUAUGUACUUAGCUCUUAGCAAGUGUCCUGGAGUACAUUGCGUAUAAUGUAAUGGCUUUAACAGUUUCACAGACAAUCAUUCAGAUGUGACAUUAACAAUAUACUUUGGAGACCCCGCCAUCAGCUUUACAGAUUUGUCCAUUCUGUUGAAUAUAUGUCUCUUUUUUUAUAUAAAGACUUUUUUUAUAAAGUGGUCACAACCUAAAGGAAAAUAAUGUAUCCAAUGUAUCUCAAACAACUUACAUUUUUGCAAAGAGAGGCAUUCAUUUCACUUUUAUUUUAUUUUAUUGAGUACCGGUAAAAUUACAGUGAAGACACUUUCCACAGCUGAAACUUCAUAUUAGCUUCAGAUAAACUUUUACGUACAUUUUUUUGCACAGAAGCAAACUUGUGGAUAUUGUCCUCCAUCAUUUACAUUGUAAGAGCAUUUUGAAAGGAUCUGCUAAUGACAGAUACGAACAGGAUAAAUGAUUACAGCAAGAAAAACAUGUAUAUUUGGACACCUGACUAUCGUUUUUAGACAAAUGUGGAAAAAGUGUGAACCUGUCCUUUUAAGAAUUUUUUAAAAUACGGUUUCCAAGAUCAAGGAUGAACUUUCACACUCUGUAUUUCUGUGAUUUCCAACAGUUGUGUCACUCCAUAUUUUUCAUAUAUACUGUAUAAAAGAUUUUUGUUUAUACUCAUAUUGUUUACUGUGUGUUUGUAAAAUAUAAAUUGUAUAUAAUUUCAUUAAACCCAUGCAGCUGAGC